AGCUUUGAGCAGCGGGCACAAAGGGCUUCUUUUUUCUGCUCUUUUCUUCUUUCAUAGGUCGGCCGAUAUGGCGGGCUACACCGAUGCCGUGGUGUUGGAAGCGCCUGUCUUCUGGUGGCCUUCGCUCGAGGAGCUUACCAAGUAUCCCAUUGACCCCCAUCGAUCCUUCCUUGCUGCGGUGACAGACGAUGCGAUGCCGUGGGCCUGUGUUGUGUACGGCGAAGUCGAUAAUGCACGCUUGAUUCGCACAGUGGGCCUCUCCCGCCUUGGUCGCAGUGUUUGGACGACGGCGGAGUGGAGUCCCCUGGAAGACGGUGAUGCGCAGCCGUUUGUGAAGGUGUGGAGUCCAAUCAGUGCGGAGGUGUUGCACCUACCUGUCUGCACUUCUGUCGGACGUGGUAGCAGCGUGGCGACGUUUGAGGAGCUGUUAAAGCUCGACGUGCCUCAGCUGGCUCGGGAUGGCAGAAUUCGGCUGACCCACCGGAUCCUCCCGACAGACCUUUGGAGUCGCUCCACGUCUGCUACUCGACUCUUCGAGCGUCUGCACCGACGAGCUCAACAGCAUCUCGCCUACCCGCUGCUGCACCGCGUGCUGACACGAGUAUACACCUCCACUGUGAACCAUUUGCGGCGAGUCCUACACACCGCCGCCUCUUCUCCAGCUUCGUCCUCCGUCGCCACCGGCUCUCUUCUCUUCACUUGCGACACACCAAGCCAGAAGCACCUCAUCGACCUUUUGCAGUGGAGCACACCCUCCUUCCUUCCAUUGGGCCAAGCACACGUCGCUGCGGUGUCGCUGGAGGUCCGAAGGCUUAACUUUGCCGAGGUCCUGACGCUGAACGAGCACGAGGCUUUGGAGACGAUCGAGGUCGCCCUGCGGCCCCCGCCUCUCCACUCCGCUUCAUCAAGCGCAUCCAUAAGGUCCUUCCUCCCCUGCCUGCUCAUCACCUUGGAAAGUCUGCAGUUGUUAGAAGCGCACGCAAACUCCCUCGUAGCCGGUGUCACCCAUCAGCUCUGUCUGUGUCUGGAGGCGUUGCGCGAGGGUCCCGUGCCCGCCCUCGUGUGGUCCUUUGCGGAGGAUGUGAGUGCCAUCCCAGCGGCCCUGCUGUCACGCGUGGGGGCGCAACACGUGCGGCUCUCCGCCACUGCCGCCGAGGAUCGUGCCACGUACUGGCAGAAACGUGUGGAAGUCCUCCAUCAACAUGCGGAUGUCAACGCUGCAACUUCUUCUCCCAGUGCUUCUCCUGUUGUGCCCAUCACAAACGCCGUCGUAGCGGCCUUAACGGAGGAGACGGCGCACUGGACCGUCGACCGCCUCGUGCAGCUGCGGGACGCGGAGAUCCUAAAGCUGUGCGCCUCGCACGUCGCCGCCACUUCCCCUCCCCCUCCACCAAGCACGCAGGAGGCACCACCCACACUAGCGUCUUGGCACAAAGAUGAUGCUGACACACCGAGAAGAGAGCCUUUACACGCUGUGUACAGCCACCUCUACGGCAUAGACGACGACAUCCGCAAAGUGGAGGAGUUGGUCGUGUGGCCGCUGACCCACCUGUCACUGCUGCGUGCACUCUCCAUCCCGUGCCCCAAAGGCGUGCUCGUCUGCGGCGCGAGCGGGUCCGGCAAGACGGCGCUCCUCUCCAGCCUCGCACGGCGGCUGCAGCUGCCCGAGACGCGCAGCAUCCACGUCGCUUCGGUCGAUGGCCUCGCGCUGAUUGAAAAGGAGGUGGGCCGGUCGGAGAAGAACAUUGCGCAGCUCUUCGAAGCUGCCCGGGCGCUGGCCCCGACGGCGCUCUUCAUCGACAACCUUGACGCGUUGGCUCCUCCGCGUGGACGCACCACCGCGGAGACGAACACCACCGGUGAUCGCACGCUGAGUACACUGCUCACGCAGAUGGACGGCGUCAGCGGCCAGGCCGAUCGCGUCGUUGUCGUCGUUGCCUCGGCGCCGUCUCUCAGCGCGCUCGAUCCGGCGGUGUGCCGGCCGGGGCGGCUGGACGUGCACGUACACCUACGCCCACCGGCGAUUGACGCCUCGGCAGCCUUUAUGAAACUGCGGCUGCAGCAGUUCCUUGCACACGCCCAGUCGCGGUUUGGAAGCUUGGAGAAGGACGGCACAGAAGGCGGAGUCGCCACCGAGUUCGUUGGGGAGUUGGUCAACUCGUUCUUCGCAGCGGUGACCGCCGAUGCAGCACACAGACGUAGUGAAAACGACAAGGAGGCUCGUGCCGACGCCGCAGUAGCAGCGAUGUCCCCUGCGGAGGUGUCGGCUGUGGUGCGAGAAGUCGUGCUUCACGUUGCCGAGCACUUGGACCAAGACACAUCUUGCAACGGCGAGCGCAAGAAGCGGAAAGCGUCGCUGAGCGAAAUACAGCAAUGCAUGGCGGACGCUUUUGCGCGGCGUGGCACCGCGACGUAA